UUGGAUCUCCUUGCUGUUUUUACCUCCACCCUAAACAUUACCUCCAGUAUAUUUGAGCUAUGGAGCGUCUGAAGUUAGUCCUGCAGUACUUCCAGUCCAACUCUGAGUCCAUCUCUAAUGGAAUAUGUAUCAUCCUGGCCUUGGUCAGCGUCAAGCUCUACACUAGCUUUGACUUUAACUGCCCGUGCCUUCCUCAGUACAACAAAAUGUACUCUCUGGGAGUGAUGAUCGUCCCACCAAUCAUACUGUUCUUCCUGGGGGUCCUGGUCAACAGACAUACGGGCGUCAUGAUGGAUGAGUGGAUGAGACCCAUGGGGAACCGAUCCAAAAAUCCUGCUGUGGUUAAGUACCUGUUCUCAGCCAUGAUCCAGAGGGCCCUGCUGGCACCGAUGGUGUGGAUCUUGGUCACUUUGCUGGAUGGAAAGAUCUUCAUCUGUGCCUUCAGUGUUAGUGUAGACCCUGCACUCUUCUCGGGUUUACCCAAUAAUACAGGUCUGGAUGUGAUCAAAAUCAUGGCCAAAGUGCCUUGUAAGGAGGACAUUAUCUUCAAGAACAGCUCUUUCCGCAAAGCAGUCUCCCGUUAUGUCCGCUGCUAUUCACAAGCAGUUGGCUGGUCCAUCCUUCUCUUCCUGAUUGUACUGGGAGCAAUGGGACGUCUCAUCAAGCCCUGUUUCGAUGACCACGCCACCUUCCUGCAGACGCGCUACUGGAGCAACUACCUCGACGUGGAGCAGAAGCUCUUUGACGAAACCUGCGUCCUGCAUGCUCGUGACUUUGCCCGGAAAUGCGUGGUGCAGUUCUUUGAGGACAUGAGGGAGGAUGCCAUUCUCCGUCUUCCCCACCCGCUCUUCAUCGCGAACUCCAAAGAGGAGUGGGAGGAUGAAGAAGAAGAGAGACUUCAUGGGGUAUCAAAGCAGGAACAGGUGAACCAGCUGCUCAACAAGUGGUACUACAAUAAACCUGAAUUGGACGUCACCAGGAUGGCCCACAGACCCAGGAUGUGUGUUACCUGGGAGGACCGUGAUGGGAAGACUUUAUACUCUGAUGUCUAGGACACACUCAGUGCUGUAGGAUGAAUCACGUCAUGAUGAUCAGAUCACUAUCAUUAAGCUAUCAGCAUGUUUGAUGUAGGUUAUCUCAGUGUAGCCGUAAACGUUGCUAAAGUCACUGAUGUCUAAGGUCAGAGGUCCACUUACUAAUGAUUCAACGCUUUCAACUGCAUCUCAUGAUCUUCAGUCAGCAAAUUGAACUUGCACAGGUUUCAUCACAGUCAGGGGAUAAGAGGUGGAGGUAUAUGGGUGGAGAUGGUAACCCCUAUCUCUGUUCAAAGAUGUUAAUGAUGUAAAUGACAAUUCUGUUUGUUUAUAUCUUGAUUAAGAUCUUCCAAGUGUUUCUCUGUGUUUUGGACUGCUUUAAAAAAGUUGUUCUUAGAGUCAAACCAUGUUACGAGGGUAAUUUGACUAUGUUAGGGUUUGGUCUGGUUGGUUUUGCAUACAGGUUGUUGACAUGAAGCUCACCCACUCAGAUUGAU